GCCAAAGCAGCAGGGACUAUAUUAAACCGAGAGCAGACCCGGACACGUUCCCUCGUUCACCUUCAGCCUCCUUUCCCAGGAGGGCCGGUUCUCCCACAGAUCCGCACACUCUCCCUACCCACAGACAGCGCCGCCUCCAUCACCCCGAGGCCCUCAUCCAUCCCAACCUGACCCACCCGGGGAGCCGGCGGGAGCAGCAGGGGCCUCCGGAUCCCGCCCCUCCCAGCCUGUCUCAGCCUUGCCCUUUCCACCCUACCCCGACGCUGCCCCCAGCUGCCCCUGGGGUCCCAUGGCAGAGGCGGGAUCUUGGGGGGGUUGGGGAUCAGCACGCAGCAUAGGGCUCUCUCCCUUCCAGGCCCCAGAAGCGGAGGAGAGGGGUCAGACACCAGGGUGCCCUCUGUGUCCAGCAUGCUGAGAGUUUCCACGGCGUCAGCCCCUGGGCCCCUCUCCAACGGCAGCCUCCCCGGCAACACCAGCAGCGGCGGCGGCGGCAAACCCCGAAACCCGUGGUUGGCCCAGGCCGAGGUGGCGCUGCUGGCAGCCAUGUUUGUGUGUGUGACGCUGAGCAAUAUGCUAGUGCUGGGGGCCCUGGCCCGAAGGGGCAGGAGAGGUCGCUGGGCCCCUAUGCACGUCUUCAUCGGCCACCUGUGUUUGGCCGAUCUGGCCGUGGCCCUGUUCCAGGUGCUCCCACAGCUGGCCUGGGACAUCACGGACCGUUUCCAGGGCCCUGACUUUCUGUGCCGAUCCGUCAAAUAUCUGCAGAUGGUGGGCAUGUACGCUUCCUCCUACAUGAUCCUGGCCAUGACCCUGGACCGCCACCGGGCCAUCUGCCGCCCCAUGUUGGCAUUCCGCCACGGUGGGGCUCACUGGAAUAGACCCAUCCUGGUCGCGUGGGCCCUCUCGUUGCUUUUCAGUCUGCCCCAGCUCUUCAUCUUCAGCCAACGGGAGGUGGGGGAUGAAACUGGGACUCUAGACUGCUGGGCCCUCUUCAUCGAGCCCUGGGGGCUCCGGGCCUACGUCACUUGGAUCGCCCUAAUGGUGUUUGUGGCGCCGGCCGCGGGCAUCGCUGCCUGCCAGGUGCUCAUCUUUCGAGAGAUCCACGCCAGCCUGUCCCCGAGGUCAAGUGGCGUAGGGCCUAGUGAGGGUGCCCGGGUCUCAGCAGCCAUGACCAAGACGGUGAGAAUGACCUUGGUGAUAGUGAUUGUGUACGUGCUGUGCUGGGCACCCUUCUUCUUGGUGCAGCUGUGGUCGGUGUGGGACCCCCAGGCACCCCGGGAAGGGCCUCCCUUUGUGUUGCUCAUGCUUCUGGCCAGCCUCAACAGCUUCACCAACCCUUGGAUCUACGCCUUCUUCAGUAGCAGCGUCUCCUUGGAGCUGCGCAGCCUCCUUUGCUGCUCCCGGGCGCCGGCUCUGGCCAGCCUCGGUCCCCCCGACGACUCCUGCGUAACUGCCAGCUCUUCUCUCACCAAGGACACAUCCUCCUGAGGUUGCGGGCAGACCAUGGGGGGUCGGCUCCCAUCCUGGGCUCCAGAAAGCUCCUUGCCUAGGCCAACAUCUCCCACACGGUCUAACCGGAUCGGGUCCCUGCUCCUGGCAGUUUCCUAACGCCUUGAGGAUAAUACUCCGGCAUUUAAAGGCCUGGAUUUCUGGGCAGAUCCUACAUUGUGCCUCCCUACCCUCCAUACCAUUCCACGGCCUAUUGCCUGUAACUGGAAUAUUCUCCCUCUGCCCUCUGCCCUCUGCCCUCAGAAGCCCUCGCUCCCUUUAAAGCUCGGGUCGAGGGUCUCCUCCUUCAAAAGGCCUUUCCUGAUCCCCCCGCCCCCAAACCCGGUAUUUAUUGUGUCUACUUCCCGUACUCACUUCUCAGGACACACACCAUAUCCCUAGAAUGUCAGUUCCUUGAGGGUAAACUACCCCACUUUUUUACUUGUAUCCCCAGUAUCUGGCACUUAAGUAUUUAAUAGAUGCUCGUUGACUGGUGGAGGCUGGGAGGGGGGAAAGGACAGGAGGCCCCUGGAAUUUCUGGGAAUCGGGUCUGACGGGACGAGCCCCGUACAGGAAAUCGAGAGUUUUACGUUCUAGUUCCGCGUCAGUCCUUGACUUGCUUGGGCCAAUCGCUUCCCCUCACUUACUUAAUUUUUCCAUCUGUAAAAUGAAAGGUCUGGACUCUGACACCCUCCGAUUAUCCCUUGGACUUGGGGACUCGAGGGCCAUUUCCUUUGGCCCAAGGACUUGCGCCGUUUCCUGGGACUAGGGGAAAGAAACUCUGGGGGCUCCGUUCAGGCCUCCUUGUCCAAGAUAUCCUUAAGCCAUCCCUUCCCUGGAUUUUCAGCUCUGACCCCAACGCAUGGACAAGCCCCCAGCCUCCCAUGCCGACCCCACGCUCUGAGAUAUUAGCUGAAUAAACUCUCCCCACAUGGGGACUUUACAACC